UCCGUGAUGGCAUGGAAUGAAUGACUUCCAUCUUUUCGUAAUGCCUAGUAUCAGGGACGAUAACUCUAAUCAUCACUACUAGAUAACAGAAACAGGCAACAAACAGCCCACAAAGCACAUAGUUUCUUGCAAAAUACACGAGCAGAUAAAAGAUGUCAUCACAAAGUAUACCCGUACAAAAGGCAGAUAUGCAUGUUCCAUCAAUGGAAGAAGUUGCAAAAGUAUUAAAUGGUGGUUUAGAGAAGAAUUUUUCAACAGUCAGUGUGAAUGUUGUAGAUUGUCCUGAUCUGACCCAGAAACCAUAUGGUCUAUCAGCACCAGGUUUGAAUGGAAACCCAAGACUUGCUGACAUUGGUGGACCUCCCUACCUGACACCAUUGCCACAGCUUAACAAGGUCUAUACAUUUACCCAGAUUGCUGAGUUGGUAGAAUUACCAGGAGCAUUUAUGAUUGGAGCAGGAGCAGGGCCACAUAAACAUAUUGGGUGUUGUUGUGAGCUGAUUAAUGAUGUGAAGUUGGACAAGUCUGGAAAUGUUGCUGUUAUGAAUUCACACAUUGCAAAAGUCAGCACAAAAGAUGGAGGAUGUAUCCAGGAGAAACUGACUAAAAAUGAAUUUUCUUUGAUGGGAAAUUUUUUAUGUUGUGAUGGUAACCCAGGAAAGGUGAUAGAAGUAAAAGCUAGUAAGAGAACUGGAGAAGAAAAUUUUAUGUCAUGUAUCAGGAAAGUCCUAGGCAGUCAUUAUGGCACCAAACCUGUGGCACUAGGGGGUGUCUUUCUGGUGGAGAAGGGGAAAGCUAACCUCCACAUUAUGCCUGAUUUUUCUAAAACACCACUGACUACUCAAGAGCAAGUAGGUAAAUGGCUGAAAUUUUAUGAAAUGGACAGUCCAUUAGUUUGUCUUGGAGAACUUGUGUCACAUGAUCCAGGUAUGGAUUUACGAGUUGAACAUUUCCAUUGUUAUAGUGAACAUGGUCAGGGUGGCCAUUACCAUAACGACACAACACCAAAUGAAGUGGAAUACCGUGGAUAUUUUAUGCUAGCAGAUUAUGUGUACAGGGUAGAUCAACCUCCUCAGUCAACAGAGUUAGCACGUUAAUGCCAAUAAAGUUAUAUUAUGUGUUAUUUUAUAGUGAAACCUUGUUAUAGUACAUGUACACUUAAACUUUGUUAAACCAUUACUGUCAAGAAGUUUUGUGAAAGGUAGAAGAUCCAUAAGUUUUAUCAGAUCUCAAUAGCAUUAAGCAUUUCAUUGUAAUCCUGCAUUUUGAAGGGGUGGUAUAUAGUGAUGGAAAGACUGUAUACAUAUCUGUCAGUUCGUUGGUUCGUCAAAAUUUUGUAACUGUAUGGUAGUCAAGGUCGUUAAACACUCCCUAGAAGUAGUAGUAUCUGCAAAAGCUCCAGAAUUGCAUCACAGAAUUUUAUGAAUCUUUCACUGAACCUUUAAUACUCACAUGAUUUACUUUCAUUUUUCCAUUCCAAUAUUCUUGGGAGGUUUUUUAAACCCUUGUUAGAAUUUGUUGAAGCUUUUCUCAGAAUCAGACCCAUAUAAUGCCAUUGUGCACCUCUCAUUUUGUGUUUUGAACCUUUUUCUUAUAGGACUUAUUUUUAGCAAAUCAUGACUUUGCCAUUGGUUAAUGUUGGGGCGUUGGGCAUAAUUUUGUGACCUUUGGUAGCAGUCCUUUUUAUUCUUAUUAGGAUUUAUGGAUUAGGCCACAUUCUUCAAGAAUUCUGGCACUGGAAUGAAAUAUUUAUCAUAAUUUGCAUAGGUGCAAUACAUGUUUUUGUUUUAUUGAUUUGAUAGUCCCUUUACAGUUCAGAGAUUUGUACAUGAAUAUGUGAAAUAUAUGAAAUGUUUUGAUAUUAUAUUAGGGAGAUAGAGCAGGCAUAAAUUUUCAUGUCAGUAGCAAAUUUUAUUUCAUUAGACUUUUUAAAAUGUCUAAAAGCAAUGUGAUGAUAAAAUAAGGAGCUUUAUAACAAGGCUUUACUGUAUUUUGCAAUAGUUUGUGGUAUAAUUUAAGUGAUAAUCAGGAUAUAGAAUUGACAAGUUUUAUUUUUUUUAAGACUUCAUGUUUAUAAUUAUACAAUUGUUAGUUAUUGUAAUUGUUUAUGAUUUUGAUAAAGAUUUUAUGAUA